CUCGCAGUGCGGCGUUGAGGAUGUUAGCGGUGGUCUCGCGUGAUACAUCUGCAUUCAUUAAUAAAAACAACUCUUAUAUAUUAUUUAAGUAAAUAUAUAAAUCAAGGAUGAUGCAAAAUGCCAUUACCUGUAUGACCUGUCCAGUGCGGGACUAUGGUCCGUCGAUGCUGCCAUCCUGUGGGAGCUCUUUCAUUUUGUUUAUGAGCAUAUUGGAAACCUACGUGAAACGUAGCUGCGACCUUGUUGACCCCUGUGGCCGCAUCAAAGAUAGAAAUCCAUUGUAUAAAAGUUAUGACUUCGUGGUUGUUGGAGGUGGAACAGCCGGAUCGGUUAUUGCUUCUAGACUGUCAGAGAAUCCACAAUGGAAGGUUCUUCUCAUUGAAGCGGGUGGGGAGGAACCUGUUUCAUCUGCAGUACCAAGUUGGUUCGGGGCUUACUGGGGACGUCCUGAGACUGAUUGGAAUUAUUAUACUGAACCGCAGAGCAAAGCGUGUCUAUCGAAAGAGGGCAAGUGCAAUUGGCCAAGGGGAAAAAUGCUGGGUGGUACGUCAGUUAUCAAUGGUAUGAUGUACAUGCGAGGUCAUGCAGAUGAUUAUGAUGGUUGGGCUGCUAAUGGCGCAGAAGGAUGGUCUUGGAAAGAGGUGUUUCCAUAUUUCAUUAAAAGUGAAAGAAAUAAAGAAGUCGGAACUGUUGCUUCGCCUCAACACCAUGGAGUUAAUGGACCACUACCAAUACAAAGGUUUCGAUACACACCACAAUUUAUGAAAGAUGUUGUCAAUGCAGCUAGUGAGCUAGGAUAUCCUCCAACCAGUGACUUGAAUGCCGAAAAUGCUACUGGAUUUACCAUCGCGCAGGCUUAUAAUGACCGUGGUGUCCGGUACAGUUCUUCACGCGGCUAUCUGCAUCCAGCUUCGAAACGUAUGAACUUACAUGUUAGUCUUAAUACCAUGGCAUCCAGAGUUAUUGUGAAUCCCGAUACAAAUAGAGUGAUUGCGGUAGAAUACAUUAAGGGAGGUAAAAAGAGGAGCGUUGGAGUCAAAAAAGAGGCUAUUUUAAGUGGGGGCACAAUCAAUUCUCCUCAAAUUCUAUUACUCUCUGGAAUAGGCCCAAAGGAGACGUUGGAACAAUUUAAAAUUCCAGUAAUAAAAGAUUUGCCGGGUGUAGGUCGUAAUCUUAUUAACCACGUUGGCUCUUCUUUUGACUUCACAUUAACGAAAGAGUCCGAUGUUCCUGAGUUAAACUGGUCAACUGCCAUGGAAUACAUUGCAGAACGGAAAGGACCUUUGUCUGCUACCGGAUUGUCACAGGGAGUUGGGUUAAUUAAUUCACCUAUGGCACCUGCGCAUGGGCGGCAACCUGAUGUUCAAUACUUCUUCUAUGGGUACAGAGCUGAAUGUUCAGAUGGUUCUGUACCCAAUUCUGAUAGCAUUAAAAAGAGGAGGCAUAUUGUGAUAUCCCCAAUAGCUCUCCAGCCUCGCAGUCGUGGUUACAUCACCCUCAAGUCGACCGACCCAUUUGACCAUCCCGUGAUGCAACCAAACUAUUUCGACGAAGAACAUGAGCUUAACGUAUUAGUAGAAGCUUCGAAGAUUGCGUACCGAUUGGCUAAUACUACGCUCCUUCGCGAAAAGUACGGAAUCCAGCCAACAAAAGGAUACGCGUCGGAAUGUGGUGACAGCACAGAGCCAACGGAUGAGUUCUUCCGAUGCGUCGCUCAGCGGUACACCGAACCCGAGAAUCAUCAAGUGGGCACGUGCAAAAUGGGAGCAAAGAACGAUAGCAUGGCAGUUGUUGAUCCCCAACUUCGAGUUUACGGCGUAGAUGGUUUACGCGUAGUGGAUGCAUCGGUUAUGCCCAACGUGCCCACCUCCAAUACACAAGCACCUGUUAUUAUGAUAGCAGAACGAGGCGCUGAUUUCAUUAAGAACACCUACCCAUGAUUAUGAUAAUUAUUUUAAUAAAUUAUGCGGGGGUGGAAUCCAACAUA